UCUCCGUAGUCACGUGGUCGAACCCGGAAGUGGCGUAAACACGAGGAGCGGCGCAGCACAGUCGGCCCAGAAGGUUCAGCGCUCAGCGUGUAAGAGGCUUUGAUGUCAUGGCGGAGCCGGCGUGUGUACCUGGGCAGUUUGAUGACGCGGAGGAGGACAGCGUCAAAUCAGUGGAGCUGACUCGCAUCAGUGAUGCACUGCCUUCAUCAGAGCAGCAGGAUCUCGAUGCCAAAGAGUGUCUGUGUGUGAGACGUUAUAACCUGAGUUAUUUUUGUGCACAGAGUCUCCGACUGCAGUGCAACAGACAGAAUCCGUCCAAUAAGAAGCUGCCGUCAUCAACGCCAUCUGACAAAGCUCUGAGGAAAUAUGAACACAAGAUCAACCUGGACAAACUGAACUACGCAGACUCGGUGAUCAAUAAAGUGACGACGAUGCAGAAACAGAGAGAAGCCGACACGUACAGAGUGAGGGACAAAUCAGAUCGAGCCACAGUGGAACAGGUGUUAGACCCUCGAACUCGAAUGAUUCUCUUUAAGAUGCUGAGUCGAGGAAUUAUCUCCGAGAUCAACGGCUGCAUCAGCACCGGGAAGGAGGCAAACGUUUAUCACGCCAGCACAGCAGCCGGGGACAGCAGAGCCAUCAAGAUCUACAAGACGUCCAUCCUGCUGUUCAAAGACCGCGAUAAGUACGUCAGCGGGGAGUUCAGGUUCCGUCAUGGGUACUGUAAAGGAAACCCCCGGAAGAUGGUGAGAACAUGGGCAGAGAAGGAGAUGAGGAACCUCAUCAGGCUGCAGACGGCGGGAAUCCCGAGCCCAGAACCUCUCCUCCUCAGAAGUCAUGUUCUGCUGAUGGGGUUCAUUGGAAAAGACAACGUUCCAGCCCCUCUGCUGAAGAACGCCUCACUUUCGGAGUCGAAGGCUCGGGAGCUCUACCUGCAGGUCAUACAGAACAUGAGGAAGAUGUUUCAGGAGGCUCGACUCGUCCACGCCGACCUCAGCGAGUUCAACAUGCUGUAUCACAACGGAGACGCUUACAUCAUCGAUGUGUCACAGUCGGUGGAGCACGAUCAUCCUCACGCCCUGGAGUUCCUGCGGAAGGACUGCAGCAACAUCAAUGAGUUCUUUGUGAAGCAUGGCGUGGCUGUGAUGACAGUCAGGGAGCUCUUUGACUUCAUCACUGACCCGUCCAUCACCAGCCAGAACAUUGACCAGUACCUGGACAAGGCGAUGGUGAUUGCAGCUGAGAGGACGUCGGAGGAGCGAUCGAGUCAGGAUGGCGUGGACGAGGAGGUGUUUAAAAAGGCCUACAUCCCCCGUACUCUGACUGAGGUGAGUCAUUACGAGCGUGACGUUGACCUGGUGAGGACGCAGGAGGAAGAGUCGGCCAUCAGUGGACAGAAUGACAAUAUCCUGUAUCAGACGCUGACAGGGCUGAAGAAGGACCUCUCUGGAGUUCAGACGGUCCCCGCUCUCCUGGAGGACGACUGCUCCUCCUCACAGGAAGAGGAGGAAGAAGAGGAGGAUGAAGAGGAGGAGGAGGAGCAGCAAAGUGAGGAUGCUCAGAUGGACAGAAAGGUGAAGAAGCAGCGGUGUUCGGGGUUUAUCUGUUUGUGCAGCUUCUGUUCGACAGAAGGACAGCUGGGGCAAGUGUUUCCCCGUCAGGUGCAGCUGACCGUGGGGUGUGUCGACACCCUGCUGGGUGGGCGGGAGCUUUGCACACCCAAGAUUGUGAACGCGACAACUCGAGAUUGAGACGAUGUCCACCAAAAAUGUCUAACGAGUUUGAAGCGACUAUGAAUUCAAGGUCAGAGGCCAGUUUUCUGAAACUGAUGUGAACACAAGAAAUCUGAAAGAUGUCACCUGGGAUUUUACAAACGUUGCUCCGCCCACUGCCAGCAAGGUUAAACAGCCUGAAGGUCGCGGUGCCUCCGUUUGUGAGAGAGGGUCCAGCACUGAUUAAUGGCAGAUGAUCAGUCUUUGCUUCAGAGCUUCGUUUGAACUGGUAGUGCUCU